AUGUCCUCCUUCUUAUCGUCAGAAACACUUUCAAAUCCUAGGUUUCAGCUAUUUGCGGCAGCCGCUUUUUCAGGAGCUACAGUCGCAUCUCUAAUAUUGGGUUACCAGGCGUUGGAGCGAGAAGAGAGAUUGAACAACUUUGGUGGUUCAUCAGCGCCACCAGUCGAUAAAGAAGAUGCCAGGAACCAGGCCAUGGCUCGUCGUGCGCAAGCAGGAGACUUUGACGAAGAGUUGAUCCUUGAGCAAUUGGCGAGAAACCGUGUAUUUCUAACGGACGAGGGUCUCGAUAAGCUUCGAAACUCUUUCGUUAUUGUGGUGGGCUGUGGUGGCGUUGGAUCACACUGUACCGCUGCUCUGGCACGCUCUGGAGUGUCUAAAAUUCGAUUGAUCGAUUUUGACCAAGUGACUUUGAGCUCUCUCAAUCGCCAUGCGGUUGCUACUCUGGCCGAUGUUGGUAUUCCCAAGGUGCAAUGCUUGGAGAGGCGCAUGAUGGCUAUCGCCCCUUGGGUGAAAUUUGAUCUACGACAGGAGCAGUUCAACGAGAAUGUUGCGGAACGAUUACUUCGACCUUGGGGCGAUGAUGGACGUGCCCCUGACUUUGUCAUCGAUGCUAUUGACAACAUAGAGACCAAGGUUUCGCUUCUCGAAUACUGCCACAAGAACAACCUACCAGUCAUCAGCGCCAUGGGCGCUGGUUGCAAGAGUGACCCAACCAGAAUCAUCGUAGGAGACAUAGGAUCAAGCAAGGAUGACGGUCUCUCGCGCGCGACCCGAAGGAAGCUCAAGCUAAAGGGUAUCACAAGCGGAGUCCCAGUUGUUUACUCUACAGAAACAGCAGGUGCUGGCAAGGCCGAGCUGCUCCCUCUUCCCGAGGAGGAGUUCCAAAAGGGCUCUGUUGGCGAUCUUGCAGCCAUGCCAAACUUCCGAGUCCGAAUCCUCCCCGUCCUUGGCACGAUGCCUGCUAUCUUUGGUCUCACCGUCGCCAACCAUGUUAUCCUGAGCAUCACAGGCUAUCCCCUCGACUACGUGCCCGCCAAGGGUCGCGAGAAGAUGUAUGAGGGAAUGCUGGCAACGAUACAGAGCUCCGAGGAGAAACUGGCACGCAUGACUUACGAGGGCGACACAGUCGGCCUCAAGGUGCCUAUUACCACUGGCGACGUUGCUUUCCUUUCCGAAGAGCUGUACCGUGGCCGAAGCGCCAUAAGCGGCAUCCCUACAAAGCUGGUCCUCAUCCGAUGGGAGAAGCCCGAAGGACCCAGCAUGACAACCUUGGGCGAGGGCAAGGACACCCAGAAGUGCUCGACGGUGAAAUUGAGGGAUCUCGUAUUGAUGACGAAGGAGGAGGCAACACGCCAUGAAAAGGGGAUCUUUAAGGAGGGAAAGUCUCUUGACGAGGUGUACGACGCCGAGACACUCGCGCGCGUAGAGGAGAAGAGGGCAACAGCUGAAAAAUACGAGGCUUUCCGAUCAUGA